AUUAUUUUAUCAUGGCAAUAUCUCAUUUCUGUAGGUGCUUUUAUAUAAAUAAAUAAAUAAAACAAAAGCUUACAUAGAUGUUUCCAGAGAAGGGAGAAAAUAAUCUGCCUCAGACCACGGUACAUACAAACACUGCUUUUCCGGGCAACCAAGGACAUGCAGCAUGUCCUGUAAAACAUCAUAAGCUCUAAAUCAUUGCUUAAUCUUUUGCCAGUGCUGAAUGUUUUUUCUUCCUGGACUUGAUACCUUGGCUAUAUCAGACCUUAAAAACAGGGGGGGUUUUUUAGUUCACUCUCUAUUUUUCCAAUCUAAUUUAAUAUUAUACAAGGAGCUGCCGAGCGUUGAAGGUCUUCAUGCUAUUGUAGUCUCAGACAGAGAUGGUGUGCCUGUUAUCAAAGUUGCCAAUGAUAAUGCUCCAGAACAUGCACUGCGACCUGGCUUUCUGUCCACCUUUGCCCUUGCCACAGAUCAGGGCAGUAAACUAGGGCUUUCUAAGAACAAGAGUAUCAUCUGCUAUUACAAUACCUACCAGGUGGUGCAGUUCAAUCGCUUACCUUUGGUAGUGAGUUUCAUUGCUAGCAGCAAUGCAAAUACUGGGCUGAUUGUAAGUUUAGAGAAGGAGCUCACGCCCCUGUUUGAAGAACUGAGGCAGGUUGUCGAAGUGUCUUAACCUGAUGGUAUAGCCGGAGUGCAGCAUCCCUCUGCAGCCCAGUGGACAGAAAGAUUCAAUAAUCCUCAGUCAAAUAACAUGUCUCAGAAGAAAUACCACAGCUCCUUAGUAUACUAAGUAAGAGUAAAUUGUACAUAGUACUGAAUCUGAAACGAUCUACUAGUGUGUUGUAGGUGGAUGUUACUUUAGGCCAUGCUUCUUGUAUUGUGCAUUACUGGAGAGACCACCAAAAUAGCUCCCAUGGAGUUCAGCUCAGCCUGCCUGAGCCAGAUCGGCAUCGUGCUGUCGGCUCAAGCGAGCAACCCACAGAUCUCUUGCUUUACAGGGAACUGUGCACGGGGUGGGGUCUCUCCUCAGGCCAGCUACCACUGCCUGCUGGAAAGCAGGUCGGUUGUAUAGUGCUAUCAAAGAUGUGGUUGAAAGAGUAUUGUGAGAGCAAUUUCACUAGCAGUGAUGUAUUGGUACAAUCAGUCAACAUCCCAGCCACCUUACCUGGGUGACACUUUGGCAAGGGAGUGCUACUAAUCUGGAUGCUCACUGCAUCCUGCUGCCACUAAGAAGAAAGCAAUUUCUAUGAAAGCUGUUGCUUUAGGGGUUUUCCUGAUGCCCAGAUAAAAGCACCUGAACAAUUUCUCACUUCUUCAUGGGGUUUUUUUGUGUAACAUGGUUGUGAAGAUCUCAUGUCUCAUAGUCUUGGUGUGGGUUCAUCACUGGUGACACUCUCAGCUCAUUUACCCUUAGGUUUUCCUAAGUAAAUAAAUAUAAAUAAAAUACAGUAUUUUUAAAUGACA